AUGAACAACUCAUAUCCAGUUUAUGCAUUUAACUUUGAAAAUCAUUUAAUCUAUUAUCAUCAACAGACGACAUUCGAGCAGAGAGGCAUACAGACAGCGGUUACUUAUGGUACACAGCAUCAGUUGAUUGCCUUCAUUCAGUCGUUCAUUGCAACGCGUUGUCGUGAAAGCGUCAAGGAUACGCUUUCUUCAAGAAUGGAAUCACCACUCCAUCGGUUCAAUGGCUUCUCUUUUGAUUCUAACCAAAAUGCUGAGAUUCCUGAUGAAAUUGUUACAUUACCAAGUGUCAACCUUCCAUAUGUUGAGCAGCUACCUAGAUCCAUUGCCUGGGCUUUCACGGCGAGGCAUAAACAAAUCUACUAUGUGGAUGGGGAAGCAAUGAAAACGAGCAGCGAUAGCGAUGAAGGUGAAGGAGAUGGGGAAGAAAUUGAGAAAGAAAAAUUGGAAUUUUCCAAGGAUGCAGAUCGGCUUAUAUGGAUAAUUGGGCAAGAGCAUAGUUUGGAUGACAUUGACAUGCAGACUGCUCUCUCCAAGUGCCUCGGAGUAGAUGUUUCGGAUAUUUUGGAGAGAUACAAUGAGCUUAACAAGCUUAAGAACGAAGGCAUUAUCAGGGAAGCUUCUGAUAAGUGCAUAGCUAGUAAAUUCCGGAAUGCUUUGAAUCUUUAUGAUGGGGGUUUUUGCCGUCGUUGCUUGAAAUUUAACUGUCAGAUGCACGAAGAAUAUCAGCCUAUGAAUGGAACAAAAAUAUCUAAUUUGUCUGAGGAUGAAGAUGAGGAUGUUAGAGAAGAGUGCAGUGAGCAUUGUUACCUCAAGCUAAGGAGGAGUUUCACAGAAGCUGAUCAAGUACUGGUGGAUAGUGAUAAUUCUAUGUCAAACAAGAAAGAGAAGAAUGUGGUCUCAGAUAUUAAUGAAGUACCAAAAGAUCUUACAGAGAUGCCUAUUACAUCCCAAGCAUGUAACGAGUGGACAGCUGAGGAGAAGAGUUUUUACUUGGAUGGAGUUGGGUGCUUUGGGAAAAACAGUUGUCUUAUUUCAAGAAACGUAUUUCCGGGGGUUAAGACGUGUUUAGAGGUGUACAAUUACAUGCGCGAACAAGAUCAAUCAGCAGCAGAUAAUGCAGAAACAAACGUUCAGGUUCGUAAAGAAGUAUCUCGGAAAAAACAUAGGAUGGUAAAGAAAAUCAAACCUCGGAAGUCCGGUUGUUAUCCAACUGCUUUUAAACGUAGGGCUUGUAAAGAAAACAAGCCUUUAAAGCAUUACACACCAUGCACUUGUGAGCCAACUUGUGGAGAUAACUGCCCUUGUAUUGCUAAUGAAAAUUGCUGCGAGAAAUAUUGCAGGUGUGUAAAGAUUUGCAAAAACCGUUUCGGAGGUUGCUCUUGUGCAAAGGGUCAAUGCAUAAAUGGACAAUGUCCUUGCUUUGCUGCUUCACGUGAAUGCGAUCCAGAUCUUUGUCAAAAUUGUUCGUUGAGCUGUGGAAAUGAGUCUCAUACAGAGACAUCAGUGAUAAGCCAAUGCAAGAACAUGAGAUUCCUCAUUAAGAAAUCUAAGAAGACUCGCAUUGCAAGAUCUAAUGUUCAAGGGUGGGGUGCAUUUGCAGCGGAGCCAUUAAAGAAAAAUGACUUUCUAGGAGAAUACACUGGCGAAUUGAUCUCUCAUGAAGAAGCUGAUGAACGCAGUAGACCAGAUGAGCACAAUUCUGCCUAUCUCUUUACUUUGAAUGAUCAGAUGGUAAUUGAUGCUCGACGUAAAGGAAACAAGCUCAGAUUUCUCAAUCACUCAGCAAAGCCUAACUGCUACGCCAAGAUGAUGAUUGUGAGAGGAGAUCACAGGAUUGGAUUAUUUGCGUAUAAAGCUAUCGAUGAAGGAGAGGAGCUUUUCUUCGACUAUUGCUAUGGGCCGGGACAGAAGGCUUGGGCUCUUAGCGGCAAACCUCGAAAGAGUGGUGGUGGUGGUGGUGGCCCUAAAAGACAUCUUGAAGAGUUGGCGUCGGCAAAGAGAGGGAGCAGAGCCAGAGUCGGCGGGACACGGUGGAGGCACUGCCAUUCCCGUCUACUGGACCAGAGAGUCCUAUUACUAUGUAGGGUCUGA